AUGGAGAUUAUCGGGGAAAUAGUUCGCGAUGCGCCUUUUGGCCAACUCGUCCGUUACGCAACACGCAGCCGCUUCUUCAAGUAUCCAGAAGAGAUACCUGGGUUCGAAAUCCCAUCUGCGUACAUCGAGAAGGAUGCCGGCGCCUCGUCCUCGCAAGAUGAACCCCACACCGACAACUCUGCAGAUGGCAUCAGCCAACCCAACCUAGCCCAAGCUACCACAGAGACCCCUCAGGUCGACCUCGAAAAAGUUCCCUCCAGGACCGCAGAAGUAGAUAACGCCUCCCAUCGCAACUCACUAUCAACAGCACCCCUCCCGUCGCACACUCUCCCCUUUAGCCCCUCACGCCUCGAAGCCGACCUAGCCCUCCACACCACCCAAUCGAACAGCCACGCCAUCGCCCCCGUCAAGACAGCCGACGGCCUCUUACUAGCCGAAUGGUACACCACGACCGACCCUGCGAACCCGCAGAACUGGUCGCAGGGCAAGAAGGCAUGGACGGCGUUCUUGAUCUGUCUGUAUACGUUUAUUGUGUACGCUGGCAGUUCGAUAUACGUCAGUAGUACGCUGCUGGUUAUGAUACCGCAACUCGGCAGAAACAUACCGUACAUCACGACUUUCGCGCUCUUCACCAUCCUCACUUUGCCUACCGCUCUGGUAGACAAUCUCGGCGGCUUCCUAUUCCUUCGCUUUCUACUCGGCUUCUUCGGAAGCCCCUGCCUAGCGAACGGCGGAGCUACGAUGCAGGAUCUGUACUCUCUGCUCCAUAUACCGUACGGCCUAGCUUUCUGGACAGCAGCCGCGUUCGCUGGACCAGCUCUAGGACCUCUCUUAUCUGGCUUUUCCGUCUAUGCGGAGAACUGGCGAUGGUCUCAAUGGGAACUCCUCUGGAUGGCCGCCCCGGUCUUCCUCCUCUUUUUCUUCUUCCUCCCAGAAACACAGCCUACCACCAUCCUUCUCCACCGCUCUGCCCGUCUGCGUACACUGACUGGCAAUCCGAAUAUCCACACGCAAACCGAGAUCGAUCGCAAAGGCACCAAGUUUUCCGCAGAACUUCUUGAUACUCUCAUCAAGCCUUUGGAAAUCUGCGUCAAAGACCCUGCUCUCUUCUUCAUCAACGUCUACUCCGCGCUGACCUACGGCAUCUACUACUCCUUCUUCGAGGUCUUUCCCUUAGUGUACUUGGAGAUAUAUGGAUUCAGCGUCGGCGAGAUGACCAUUGUGUUUCUGGUCAUCAUCGUGGGGUGCGUUGCUGCUAUGACAAUCUACUUCUCCUAUCUGAGGUUCUACCUCAUACCGGAUAUCCUCAAGCAAGGACUGAGACCCCAAGAGCAUAGACUCGUGCCAGCGAUUUUCGCGAGCUUUGGGGUACCGAUUGGAUUGUUCAUCUUUGCCUACGUGCCCAUGUCUUACCCGCAAUACGCCGCGUCUCUAUUUGCGGGCAACGACUUCUGUCGCUCCGCCUUCGCUUUCGGAUCCGUACUCUUCUCCCGCCCCAUGUAUCUCAAAUUGGGCAUAGGAAAGGGAAUUAGUCUCCUGGGCGGCUUGAGUGUCAUGGGUAUUGUGAGUUGA